AUGUUCCUGGACGGGAACCCGAUCGUGUACGGCGGCGCGAUCGAGCGCGUGGAGUUAAACGCGAACGGCGAUCGACUCGCGACCGGCGACGCCGUCGUCGUCGUCGAUCACGCCGGCGGCGUCGUGUGCUGGGGGACGUACAACCCGAAGUCGAUGUACCGCGUCCGCGCGUUGCAAUCCGCGUGGGAGACGACGGUCGCGACGACCGAGGACGGGAGGGUCGCCGCGGUGUGCGACGUGCGCGAGGCGAUGCGAGGGAAGGUCCGGGUUGCGGCGGCGUUGCGCGCGGACCUCGGCCUCGGUGGCGCGCUCGCGGACGACGACGACGACGACAACCGUCGCGAAAAAGAUCGCACGGACGCGUACAGGCUGUUGAACUCCGAGGGCGACGGCCUGAGCGGCGUCUGCGUGGACGUGUACGGCGCCACCGCGGUCGCGUCCGUGUCCGCCGCGUGGGCGCGGCUCAAUCGCGCGGAGAUCGUCAAGGCGCUGGGGACGUACGGACGCGUCGCCGACGUCUUCGAGGUCGACCUCGCGCGCGGGCACAAGACCGGCUUCUACGUCGACCAGAGAGAGAACCGCGCCGCGGUGCGACGGUUCGCGUCCGCGCCCGGGAUACGAAAGGUCAUGGACGUGUGCUGCUACACCGGCGGGUUCGCCGUCAACGCCGCGCUCGGGGGCGCGAGCGACGUCACGGGCGUGGACAGCUCGCGGCCGGCGUUGGACGUCGCGGCGAAAAACGCGUCGUUGAACGGCGUCACCGACCGUAUACGAUGGGUCAAGAACGACGCGUUCAAGCACCUCGACGCGUGCCUCGAGAACGGCGAGGCGGGGACGUACGAUCUGAUCGUCUUAGACCCGCCGAAGCUCGCGCCGAACGUCAAGAGCGUCGCGAGGGCGGUGCCCAAGUACGUCGGCAUGAACCAACGCGCCAUGAAACUGUUGCGUCCCGGGGGUAUUCUGGUGACGUGCUCGUGCAGCGGCGCCGUCACGCAGCAAAAGCUUCUGCCCGAGAUCGUCGCCGCCGCGGCGCAGAGCGCGGGAAGGAAGGUCACGAUGCUCGGCGCGCCCAGAGGCGCGGGGGAGGACCAGCCAUUGGACCCGUUCUAUCCGGAGGGGAACUAUCUGACCGUCGUCGUCGCGCGAAUCGCGUAGGAAGUCGGGAGUCGUUAGUAUUAUUACGUGACUACAAUAUAAAGAUACCGUAUUCU